UCGCUGAAAAAUGCUUUUACAUAUGCAAAAUGCUAAUUCACUUCCGGUUUUUGUACUCGCCAUUUUGAGAGCGAGUGCGCGCGCGUGCUCAUUGUUGUGCUCGCGGAGCUCACGGCAACUAGAGUUCGUUCAGUACUAGAACAGGCGAGUCGACUCAGUUUGAAGACACAAAGCGAAGUGAAUUCUGUUAGUUUGUUGGGCAACAAACUUAAAAUGAGUUACGGCAGGCCUCCACCCGACGUAGAAGGCAUGACAUCGUUAAAAGUGGAUAAUUUAACGUAUCGCACGUCGCCAGAGACGCUGCGGCGCGUCUUUGAAAAGUACGGCCGAGUUGGGGACGUUUAUAUUCCCCGAGAUCGAUACACGAAAGAGAGCCGGGGGUUCGCCUUUGUGCGCUUUCACGACAAGCGGGAUGCCGAGGACGCGAUGGACGCGAUGGAUGGGGCGAUUCUAGACGGGCGAGAGCUCCGGGUUCAGAUGGCCCGUUACGGCAGGCCGCCAGACUCCUACUACGGCGGGCGUCGCGGCGGGGGAGCCGCUAGAAGACACGGAGGACACGGCCGCCGCAGCCGGAGUCCGAGGCGUCGGAGACGCAGCCGCUCCAGAAGCAGGAGCCGCUCUCGUUCCCGCAGCCGUUCCCGUUACAGCAGGUCGAGGUCCCGCUCCUAUUCCCGCUCUCGCUCCAAAUCACACACUCCCCGCAAGAGGAAGUCCAAGUCCCCUUCCAGGUCUAGGUCACGUUCUCGAUCCAAAUCCAGGUCCCGUUCCAGAAGCCGCACGCCUGCAUCGAACAGAGGGUCCAGGUCCAGGUCUAAAAGCCAGCCAAAGUCUGCAGGGGAAGACGGACCGGCUUCAUCCUAAAACACUUCAGUGGUAAGAAAACGUGACCCUGGACAAUGAUGUGCUGGAAUGCGUUUGCUUAUUCUUUGCAGAUGCAUCGCAUUGGUAAAAAUGCGGGUUUUGGUUCUGCUUUGACAAUGCUGUUGAACUCAAUGUGGAAUUGUUUCCUCCAAGCUGCUGAAUCCAGUAUGGCAAUGUAAAAGCAGAGCUGUGUUGAGCUGUUAGAGGUGUACCUGCUCCUGUUGGGGUUGCUUUGAAGCAGAUGGGUGUUUUGGUGGUGCUGAGGUACGUCUACGAGACAACGGACAGACAGCGUCCUGCCAUAGACAAAAGUCAAACACAAACUCGCUGCCAGUUGCUUGCUUUAACCUGGAAAUGGGAAUAAACGUAGUACGUGAGUUAACUAGGAGGCUGGCACGACUAAAGUCUUAUCUAACCCCUGUGCAAAACUAAAUUAGAUUAUUUAUAGCAGGUGAUUUGGGCUGGGUAUCGAGUUCGAUACUUUUUAGGCACCGACCGAAUUGCCUCUACCAUCGAGUAUCAAACAAAUCUCCAAAUUUCGAGACCUAAGGGGUUGAUCUCGUCAACGUGCCAACAGCAUGAUUGGCUGUUACGAGGCAUCAAGGAAAAACACUAGAUACACCCAGAGACGUGGCUCAAAGUAGGGCUGGGCGCUAAAACGAUAACGAUAAUUAUCGCGAUAUAAUUUUUCUCGAUAAAACAAAAUCAAGACGUCGAUAAAUGUUUUUGCGCCAAAAUGGUUGACCAAUGGUUAAUUUUAAUACAACUCAAACAGUCAGAAUAUUACUUUUUACCAAAUAAAAAUUUGG